CUGGGGGCUCCGGAAACGUGACUGAGAAAUGAGAUGGAGAAGUACGAGCGGAUCCGAGUGGUGGGCAGAGGUGCCUUCGGGAUUGUGCACCUAUGCCUGCGCAAGGCUGACCAGAAACUGGUGAUCAUCAAGCAGAUACCAGUGGAGCAGAUGACCAAGGAAGAGCGGCAGGCAGCCCAGAACGAGUGCCAGGUCCUCAAACUGCUCAACCACCCCAAUGUCAUUGAGUACUAUGAGAACUUCCUGGAGGACAAGGCCCUCAUGAUCGCUAUGGAAUACGCACCAGGUGGCACCCUGGCGGAGUUCAUCCAGAAGCGCUGUAAUUCCCUGCUCGAGGAGGAGACCAUCCUGCACUUUUUUGUGCAGAUCCUGCUCGCACUGCACCACGUGCACACCCACCUCAUCCUGCAUCGGGACCUCAAGACCCAAAACAUCCUUCUGGAUAAACACCGGAUGGUUGUGAAGAUUGGGGACUUUGGCAUCUCCAAGAUCCUGAGCAGCAAGAGCAAAGCCUACACGGUGGUUGGUACCCCAUGCUACAUCUCCCCUGAGCUGUGCGAGGGCAAACCCUACAACCAGAAGAGUGACAUCUGGGCCCUGGGCUGUGUGCUCUAUGAGCUGGCCAGCCUCAAGCGGGCCUUUGAGGCUGCAAACCUGCCAGCGCUGGUGCUGAAAAUCAUGAGUGGCACCUUUGCCCCCAUCUCUGACCGGUACAGCCCUGAGUUGCGCCAACUUGUCCUGAGUCUGCUCAGCCUGGAGCCCUCCCAGCGACCGCCGCUCAGUCACAUCAUGGCCCAGCCCCUCUGCAUCCGUGCACUCCUCAACCUCCACACCGACGUGGGCAGCGUGCGCAUGAGGAGGGCAGAGAAGCCCUUGACCACUGGACCACCACUGGCUCUGAGCAGCACUGGGAGCAGGAGCACCAGUGCCCGCUGCAGGGGCAUUCCCCGGGGACCCGCUCGCCCGGCCAUUCCGCCCCCGCUCUCGUCAGUGUACGCUUGGGGGGGCGGGCUUAGCGCCCCUUUGCGCCUGCCGAUGCUCAACACCGAGGUGGUCCAGGUGGCGACGGGGCGCACGCAGAAAGCGGGGGUCACGCGCUCAGGACGCCUUAUCUUGUGGGAGGCCCCACCCCUAGGCACUGGAGGGGGCGCCCUCCUGCCGGGGGCAGUGGAGCAGCCGCAGCCCCAGUUCAUCUCCCGCUUCCUGGAAGGCCAGUCAGGGGUGACCAUCAAGCACGUGGCCUGUGGUGACCUUUUCACUGCCUGCCUGACCGACCGAGGCAUUAUUAUGACCUUCGGCAGUGGCAGCAAUGGUUGCCUAGGCCAUGGCAGCCUCAAUGACAUCAGCCAGCCCACCAUCGUGGAAGCCCUGCUAGGCUAUGAAAUGGUGCAGGUAGCCUGCGGCGCCUCUCACGUGCUGGCCUUAUCCACCGAGCGAGAACUCUUUGCCUGGGGCCGUGGAGAUGGAGGCCGGCUGGGACUUGGCACUAGAGAGUCCCACAGCUGCCCCCAGCAGGUGUCCGUGCCCCCAGGACAAGAAGCUCAGCGGGUUAUAUGCGGCAUUGACUCCUCCAUGAUUCUCACUGUGCCUGGCCAGGCCCUGGCCUGUGGGAGCAACAGAUUCAAUAAGCUGGGCCUGGACCACCUCUCCCUGGGGGAGGAGCCUGUCCCAGACCAGCAAGUGGAGGAGGCCCUGAUCUUCACACCUCUGGGGUCUGCACCGCUGGACCAGGAGCCCCUGCUGAGUGUGGACCUGGGCACGGCUCAUUCUGCAGCAGUGACUGCCUCUGGCCACUGCUACACUUUCGGCAGCAACCAGCAUGGGCAGUUGGGCACCAGUGCCCGCAGGGUCAGCCGGGCACCUUGUCAAGUCCAAGGCCUCCAGGGCAUCAAGAUCUCAAUGAUAGCCUGCGGGGACGCAUUCACCGUAGCCAUCGGAGCAGAGGGUGAGGUGUACUCUUGGGGCAAGGGGGCCCGUGGUCGACUGGGAAGGAGGGACGAGGAGGCUGGACUCCCUCGGCCAGUGCAGCUGGAUGAGACACACCCCUACACCGUGACUUCUGUGUCCUGCUGCCAUGGAAGUACUCUCCUGGCUGUUCGCCCUGUCAUAGAUGAGCCAGCGCCACCCUAAGCACCUGAAGAUGCCUCUGGAGAAUGCUUCUCCCCUGAAGGUUCUGGGAAAAGUAUAGGGGCCUGAGAUGUGAUCGUUGUCCUCUCCAACUCGGGGGAUGGUCACUGAGGGUGUAUAAAAACCAGGGAGGCCCUUACCCUGCUCUUGGCUUGGUAAACUCGGUCCACACUGUUGUUCCCACACUGCUCUUUCUUUCCCACCCCUUCGGACCUCUUAAGUCAGCAUCCCUAGCGUCCAAGACUGGGAGAAUGGAGGCCAGGUAGCACCUGUGGAAUUGAAGUCUCCUUGGCAAGACGGCUGGAGGUGGCAGUGGCUCUACCCAGACCUUUGCCCCUUCCUCAGCUCAGUUAGAAAAGGAAUCCCUGGUGCCCACUUGAAGAGCAGCUCAGCGCUUAGGAGCAGGACAAGCCAGGACCUGCCUGGCCAUACUGGCUGCCUCGCCUGUCUGGAUAGCCCCGGGCAGGGAGGUCUGAGGGAGCCCUGGCCUCAGCCCCCACUCCCAUCACCCGAGGCAGGAGUUUGCAUAACCUCUCAGGCUUCCUUUUCCCAUUAGCCCUGCCUGGACUGUCUGCUGCAGGGACACCCCAGGGAAGGAGGCCCCUCUCCGUGCUAAGCCCCCGCUGCAGAUAGGGGGAAAGUGGAGCGAGAUGGACCAGACCAGUUUCCCAGAUGACUGGGAAGUCGUGCCAAUAAAAACAUCAGCUGCUGCCUAGAGCGUGG